AUAGAGGUGUCGUUUAAUUGCUCUCACUUUGUGGCUGGUCGGGGAUCAGAGUCAGUGCACCUCCUCUCUCCCCACCGGCCGUCUGGAGCUCCACUAGACUCUGGAGCGCAGCGGCAGCAGCCAGAGCCGGAGCGCGUCUCUUCCUGCGCCUCCAACAUCUGGAUCACAGAGACACACAGCUGGAAGGCAGUCCGGGAGGUCCUCUUUAUCAGCAAGGAGAAAACCUGGACAGAGCAGAGAUUCCCUGCAGUGAUUCACCUGCCGGUCCACUGACCGGAGAGCGGAGAACCGGCGCGGCUGCUGGAAGAGGAUUCCGCAUCUGAGAGUGUUUGGACAGGAGCCCCCGCUGCAGUACUUCUCCUGCUGCACGGGGACCGGGAUGCCACCGACCUGCUGACGGACGCCCGGUACCCGCACCCCCUCCUGUUCUCCUCUCCUCUCCUCCUCCCGGACGGACGGACGCACCGACCCCUGUCCCCACUAAUAUGCAAUGGUUUUUUGUGCAGAAGCCGACAGCUGCCGCGUACCGCCGACUUCACGCUAGCGCCGCCGCAUGCCUGUCAGCCGCUGCCGCUCCUCUCCCCGCGCCGCGCGGCAGACGACGCCAUUUGAAGAGGAGCGCUCCGGGGCUUUUGACGCCGCGGCGGCCGGGCGGCAGCAGCAGCAGCAGCGACCGAUCCUCCGCCGCUGAGGACCGCCGGCCGCUGGGGCAGCCGGAGCGGGCGGAGGACACCGAGGGGAGAAGCGCCGCAGCGGUCGCUCUUUUCCUGCCGCCGCACGGGGACGACGUCGACGCGGAAUACGUGCGGCUGGUGGUCUCGGAGCUGGUGGGAGAAGCGGGCGAGAAACCGGGCGAGGAGCCGGGCUUCCUGCUCUUAUUCCUGUCUAUGGUGCAGAUUGGGGGGCAAGGCAAGCACCGCCGAACUGAGUCCAACAGCUGGCCGGCUCUGCUGGCAUGCAAACAGGGGGGCGUAGCAGCCCCCAUGCGGUGGGUGAAUUUUAGGCUGCCGCAUCCGGAGCGCCUCUCGUCCCCCACCUCCACCUCCUCCUCUUCCUCCUCCUCCCCCGUCUCGGCCAAAUCCAUGCGGUUUAUUUGGAACAACAUUUUCAGCAAAGGAUCGCAUAUGCUGCAGUGUCUUUGUGGCAGGAGCCUCAAGAAAAACAAGAACCCAACUGAACCACAGCUGAAGGGCAUAGUGACCAGGUUGUUCUGCAGACAGGGCUUCUAUCUCCAAAUGGGCCAGGAUGGAAGUCUGGACGGGACCAAAGACGACAGCACCAACUCCUCUCUGUUUAACUUAAUUCCUGUGGGUCUGAGAGUCGUGGCCAUCCAAUCGGUCAAGACUGGUCUCUACAUCGCCAUGAACGGAGAGGGUCACCUCUACUCCUCGGAACUGUUUACAGCAGAGUGUAAGUUUAAGGAGUCGGUGUUCGAGAACUACUAUGUGAUCUACAGCUCGAUGCUCUACAGGCAGAAGGAGUCGGGUCGGGCCUGGUUUCUGGGCCUCAACAAGGAGGGACAGGCCAUGAAGGGCAACAGGGUCAAGAAGACCAAACCAGCUGCACACUUCCUGCCUAAACCUAUAGAAGUUGCGAUGUACCGAGAGCCUUCGUUGCACGACGUAGGAGAGGCGGUGCCUAAGCUCGCCGUGUGCCCGCCCUCCAAAAGCACAACCAGCGAACCGGUGGUCAUGAACGGCGGCAAACCAGUCAACAAACCCGACAAGGAGGAGACAUAACCCCACCCCUCUUUUUAGCCCACCCCUGGCUGGACAAGCCUCGGACUCGCCCCACUGCUGCGCUCUCAAACAACAAAAACUGCAACUAAAAGGUAACAAAACAAACGGCUUCAGUUCUGACUGGUCAGCAGUGGGGCCGCGACGUCCCGCCUCUCCUCCCUCCCUAUUGGACAGAUCUGGCGUCGGGGAGGCCGCAGGGACCGAAAGAAGACGAUAAAGUCAGGUCAGUGCCGGCCAGAUAUUUUUGAACUGGGACAGUGGCGUGACCUCGCAUGGGAGACGAAAGGACUUCUUGAGAAUAUUAACGAAACAAACGAAAAUCUGAGAAAAAAAAAAAACGCCAUCCUCACCGGUAUUUUUCUGUGACAAUCUGUGAGACUGUAAGAGGCCCCACGUUUCCCUCCUGAUAGCACUGUUUUCUGUUCCCAGGUACGCUCGCUCGCCGGUGGCCACAUCCGCACACAUCCACCCUCCCACCCCACCCAAAAUCGACCACUCGGAUUCGAUCUCAGAGUAAAUAAAGAGCAGAUUAAAAACAUCAGCAAACAUCAGGCGAGGAGAAUACUUUAAACACCAAUGAGUCAGAGGAUGCUUAGUCAUCGAUCGAUCAGGAUUUGGCACAGGAUGUUCUGUACUAAGCUGACAAUGAAGUGCAAAAGGUAAACACACCUGUAGAUCUCCCCUCAGUUUGAUCAUAUAUGUUUGAAAGAUUUGAGACCGCAUAGCUUCAAGCAUGUCUGACCUUUCAGUAUGACUAUCUGUCUGUUACUUAUUACUCUGCACCCACAAAGCACUAAUGAUGAUCGAGCUACGUUGUUGUACAGAUACGAACCUGAUUUUAGUUUCUGUUUUACUUUCCCGUCAAGUUGCCAUGGUUUCCACGUCACGGACACAAGUGUAGCUCAGGAGAGGAGGAGAUCAGUCGACGAACGAAGCGCUUUGGCAUCAGGUUGCUCGAAUCGGUGUGCCGAAAACGCCACGAUUUCCACAGAUUCCCUGUUUGUAGCAACGCGGAGAGUCAUAGGAGGCAUGGUAGCAGUCAGUGUUUACAUAGAGUAGCAGAUAUCGUAGAAGGAGGUUGAAUGCAGAUGGUGUCCUCAGUCGUGAGGACUUUACUUCCGCUGCCUUCCCGAGGACUUAGGUAGGAAUGAGGGUAAGUGAACACAGGGUAAAUGAUGUCAGAGCCACUAUGAGUAAAAUUUGAUCCUCUUUUUUGACUGUUUUCAUUGGUCUGCUGAUUCCUUAGAAGCCAAAAGCCCUUCUAAUCCGGUUGGACGAUGAUGUUCUGCCGCAGGUCUCCAGGAGCAGUGGAAGCAUUCAGAUCGUCUAUGAAAUUAAAACUGUAUUAAUCCAGUGAAAGUCUCAUGUUUGAAUAUCAGCUGUAAAAUAUAAGUGUCAAAAGCAACAUAGAUUGCUCCAGGGACUAAUUUGAGUUGUGCAGUGAUGCCCCACUCCCAGUGCUCCUGCCACAUUUAACCCUCCUGCUGUCCUCGUUUACGGACACUAAAAAAUAUUGCUUCCUUGUCUGAAAAAAAAAAAAAAUUCAGCAAAAAAAAUCCGCAAAUUUCUGAAAAUUUGCAAAAUUUUCAGGAAGACAAUUCCAGUAAGUACUUUAAAUUUUCCAUUUAAGGUUUUGUUUUAAAAAAUCCCCCAAAUGUGGCAAGAAAAUUCUUGUAAAUGUUUUCAAAAAAUAGGUAAAAUCUUCCAAAAAAAAAAAACCCUAAAAAUAUCUAGUUGUUACAUAUUUAUCAGUGAAACCUGUAAUAUUUUCUUUCAGAAUAUUUACAUAAAAAUCAACAAAAAUCCAGCAAAAUUCGCUUGAUUUUGGUUGAUUUUUAUAUAAAUGUUCUCUAGAAACUAACAUUUUUUUCCACCAAAAAAUGUUCAAAGAUUCCGAAAAAUGUUGAAAAUGUGGACAUCAGAAGUUUCACUGUGAAAAUAUGUAUUUUUUCCACAUUUUCAAACUUUAAAACGGGUCAAUUUUGACCCGCAGGACGACACGAGGGUUAAAACGCUCAAUGGGAGUCUUAUUCCACUUGCAUGGAGAGCACACUUCAAAUUCUGUGUCCAACAAACCCAACAUUUAUGUCGAGGCUCAUCAUUGGCGAUGGGAGUUGUGACGACGGCUACAAAUAGUCUUCGGCAGUCUUAAAGAUUGAAGAAAAUCAGGAUGCUCACGGCUCUGUUUGGCAUUCGCAUGGUUGUGCACCGGGAAUUCGUCCCCAAGGAUCGGGCUGUCAAAGCAGAGUUCCACUGUAACGUCCUGAGGCGUCUAAGGACGAACAUUUGGUGCAAACAACCUGAACUGUGCCGUUGUGCCAAGACGUGCCCACUCACAACGUGUUGAAAAGGCACUGGACUUUUUUUUUUUUUUUUUUUUUGCAGCACCGACACAAUCGUAGCUUCCCACUCACACCAGAUCUAGAGCUUUGUAACUUCUUCCUCAAAGUGAAAUUCAAGUUCAGGGAUCACUUUUUUGACAGUGCAGAUGGUGCUUCAAGACCACGAGUUCCAGAAAGCGUUACAAACGUGGCAGGAGUACUUGAAACAGUGAACUGCUGCAUGGCUUAAAUUUAAAUCAGGUGGGUCAAUAUAUAGUUGAGGGACUUUUGAAGUCCAUGGGAUAUAUCUUGCGUACAUUUUUACUCAAAGUAAAUGCUCAUUAUGAUCAUGUCUUUACAAAUUCCAGAAUUAUUUAUUAUGGAAACAAUCACUGAUGAAUAAAAAAUGACUGGAUAUCACUAAAAUGUCAACUAUGUUACAAAAAGUCCCGCAAUUAUAUAUUAACCUGCCCAGAAUGACUUGAAAAUGAUUCAUAUUUACGGAAAAUUAGUCCAGAAUGACAUUAAAUUUGUCCUAAAUGACUGGGAAAUUAUCCCAAAGACACAAAUAUUAUCCAAAAUGAUGAGAAACGAUCCAAGCCGACAUAAAACUUUAUGAAAAUGAAUCAAAAAUUGCCCAAAAUGACUGAAAACUUGUUCAAAAUGACUCAAAAGUUGACCAAAAUGACUUGAAAAUUAUCCAUAAUUGCAGAAAAUUAGUCCAGAAUGACAUGAAAUUUGUCCUAAAUGACUUGAAAAUGAUCCGAAAUGAGGAGAAACGAUCCAAGCUGAUGAAAAAGUUGUUGAAAUUGGCAAGAACAUUGUACAAAAAAUUGAAAAGUCUAACAAUUAUAUGUACUCAGGUACAGCUUUUACUCUUUCCAGGCGCAGACUUUGAAUUUCAUGAUCACACCUUACCAGUAUGUAUGCCUCUAUUUAAGAUUUUUAAAGUGUUAGAGCCUCAAUGCUUCACUGUGCAGAUAUGCAUUUGCACCUGCUCAAUCUGAAGGUAGUUUUAGCUGCUUUACUUGCAGUUUCAAAGCUUAGUUCAACAGGUUUCAAUCUAAGGGUCGUGCACGCCUUCAAAGGGAUGCAAGAUAAAAGAAGGUAGUAAAUAGGAGAAGUUCUGCAGCAUAAGUCUAUCUUAAUUUUUCUGAUUUUUCUCCAACAUUUGCCUCCAAAAGUAUUUAAAAGACACCCUUUGAGACGUUUAGAGGUCAAAUCGGACUUUGGUGGAGGUUCUUCCAUCUCAUAUGAAACGAGACAAAGGCUUAUCCUCUGACUUUUAAAAUGUAAAAUCAGAAUCUAAAAUUGAGUUCUUGUCGUUUCUUUCCACAACUGAUUGGAGAUCUGUGUGUCAGUAGACUGUCAGAAGAUCACAAUUACCCAUAGUGGCUUUACAUUGACCGACAUAAUGGCCUAUAAAAUACGUUUAGUUUACUUAAAAGCUCUAGAAAACGGGCUUCUGGUAGAAAACCGCCACAAACUAAAUAGCAAACAUAGAUGACAGUGUUGAAUAAAGCUGUCGUCGCAUCCAAACACUGAUCUAUGGGUUAGUGCAGACAGCUCGAGUACAAGGUAGAAAAUCAAAGAAAUGAAACCAAAUAGAUUCCCGUGCUUCGCCCUCUCACUGUGACAGUCAGCAAUCUGUUGUGGACUCGAAUCCUGUUCGGCGCCCAGACUUUUCUGUUUACUCAUCUCUCCUUGACAGCAGGACGAGACGCCAAUUAACUCCCGAAGAAGUUCCAGCAGUAGUCGCUCAUAUCGCUGAGGAGAUGUUAAUACUGUGAUCCCACACUUCAAAUUAACGACAACGAGGCGGACGCAAAUUAAUAGAUUCUGUCAGGCUCAGGACAACAGCAGCUUUUUAAUCGAUGAAAACAGACACUGUGCAUCUCUCUCGCUGCAGAUUUUGGGCAAAGCAGCCGCUCUGCAUUUUAAUCUCACGAUUGAAACGCCGUCCUGUACGCCGAGGAUGAACGACCUUCCGACGAUUUUACCACGACUACAAAAGAGCGACGAGACAAAAGGCUACCCGAUAAAUUCGCGGGUCUUUUAUCAAACGAGCGCUGGCCUCCCCAGCCUCGGCAACAGGUAACGCAGCAGGUGAAACGACGCUGUAAUGUGUCGUACAGUCGACUGUGAAAACACCAGACAGAUCACAGUGUUUCUAAUUGACAUUUCUCCGUUUUUUUCCUCUCAUACACAACAUUUUUCUCUCCUUCGUUAGCUGCUCGGUGCCUUUGCGUUGAAAGAUGUCCGCCACAUUACAUGAAUCUGUCCAACGUGAUGUGGCCCUUAACCCUCGUGUCAUCCUGUGGGUCAAAAUCGACACGUUUUAAAGUUUGAAAAUGUGGGGAAAAAUGUAUAUUUUCACAGUGAAACAGUUUUUGGUGGAAAAAUAGAAAUGUUAGAAAUGUUUCUGAAGAACAUUCACAAAAAAAAUCAACCAAAAUCCAGCGAAAUUCGCUGGAUUUUGGUUGAUUUUUUUUGUGAAUGUUCUUCCAGAAAAUAUUGGAAGUUUUACAGAUACAUAUUGAAUCACUUUAGAUAUUUUUAGGAUUUUUUUUGGAAGAUUUUUACUCAUUUUUUAAAAUUAUUUACAAGAACGUUCUUGCCAAAUUUGGGGGAUUUUUUUCAAAAUAAACCUUUUGAGGAAUUAUUGAAAUUUUCUUCCUGAAGGUUUUGCAAAUUUUCAGAAAUUUGGGGAAUUAUUUUGCUGAAUUUUUUUAUUUUUUUCAGACAAGGAAACUAUGCUUUUUGAGGACAACAGGAGGGUUAAAUGCUGUUUCGAAAGAGGGAAAAAAGAUCCGAAUUUAGCCUUUAAAGUGUUCUGAUCGUGAUGCUGAUAAUCUGCAGGUACUUGUGAAAUAUAUUCCAGAUGUUGAAUCAUCAGAAAAAAAGAGAUUUAUUGAGGAAAAAAAAAAAAAAAAGACAUUUGCUAACUGUGUGAGUGCCUCUCAUCCUCAGCCGAGCUGGAGAUGUGAGAUCCGGGACGGCUGUAGAUUCGUGUUAAACACUCGGCCUUCCUGGGAUCCGGCAGGGUUUACCCGAGAUCUCCCAAUCCUCAGAGCGAUUUGACUUCGGCUCUGUUCUGUCUAAUGUUGAUGAGGAAGAUGUUGUGCUCGUCUCGCGUCAAAGAAAUGUGGAUGUAACAUUUAUUGACUUCAUGUUGUGUCACACUAGGGGUUGCUAGCAAAAAAGAAAGUAGAAAAUAAACCCUGACAAUCAGGUCUGUAAACUCCUUUUUUAACGUGUUGUCUCAGCUGCCCGUGUCCACCAGGAAUGAAUCCCACCGUAAAGGACGAUGCUUUUGUUGCGUCAGGAGAUACAGUUGGUUCUUUAUUAUCAAGCAGCUCAUUUGUCCCACACUGCCGGCAGAGGAAAGAGAUCAACCUAACAAAGGCGUCAAAUCUUUUCCCAUUCAGAGAGCCCAGCUUGUUAGGUUAGCAGUGGGGUUCCCAUCCUGUGAAAGCAACUAUUAAAGAUCUGUGGGACGUGCUCGAGAAUUAAUGACGGCUGAGGCCAGAGAAAAAGGGCCCGGUUUCCUGGCUACUGACCAAAGACGGUGCUGCAGUCGUGUUUCCAGGCUGGUAAUCACAGCUCCCGGUUCAAACAGCGAAGGCACAAUUACUGUCAGCGUCUCCUGAGAGAUUUCCCUCCACUGGUGGUUAGCCAGGUACCAGGCCUACAAUUAUGAAAUAUCUAACGGCGAGCUCUGCACAGGAAGGGAGCGGCUGAUUUAAUUACAAGCGAGCAAUCACGACAACAUGGGUCACUUUUAAUUUCCACGCACGAGCACCACUCCUGUUCCUCUGGCAGGUACACAUGUAGCCAUCUUACUCUGUCCUGCAUGAACUGUAGCUCUCAACGAGAAGGCACAAAAUGGACACAAGACAUAAUAAGACAAAAAAAAAAAAGCUUUGGUGGCCCCGACCACCUCAGUGCAGGUGCACUUUAGACACAGGAACGUGGAAUGGUCGGCACUGCACUCAUGAUGUAGCUCGUCUCCCUCAGGUUUUCUUUGCCGAUUCUUUUCCCCGUUCCACUUUAUUCCUCUUACAAAAGACUGCCUUAUUACAUCCGAAUCUGAAACGAGACAGUAAACGCGCUCUCCUCCCAGCUGUUUCUUCCUACCAACACUCUCAUCCCACACACACACACACACACACACACACACAGCAGAUACACACUCUUCAUCCUAUUUUACUUUUCAAUUAUCCUUUGAUCCCCAAUCUUCUGUUCACUGUAACUAUGCUAGCUUUUGCUCUCUGCUCAUUGUGUAAUCAUGCAGCCAGAGAACUUAUUCCCACCUCCUCUUUUCUCCUCCUCUCUCCGUUUGGACUGUUUCCCACUUGUUGCAUGGAUUUUAAAAGAGGAAGGAUGAUGGGGGGCUAAUGCAUGUGGUAAUGUAGGAAAUGUGUUUUCAAAACAAACAUUUACAGCGUAGCACCAGUGAAACUCUGCCUCUGGCUCAUUCCUGACAACGGUUUGCACGAGCAGAGACGCUACGGCGCAAACAUAUUUUUCAUUUGCUUGCCAUGGCAUUAGAAACAACCUACAAGACAAACUGUUUUCCGUCAUCAUCCAUCACUGCAAUAACAACGCAAAGGAAAAAUGUGUCGAAAUGACUUAACCCUCGUGUCCUCCUGAGGGGCAACAUUGGCCCGUUUUAGUUUGAAAAAGCGGAAAAAAAAAAUAUAUUUUUUCACAGAGAAACUUCUGAUGUCCACAUUUUCAGGAAAUCUUUGAACAUUUUUUGGUGGAAAAAAGAAAUGUUUAAAAAUGUUUCUUUAAGAACAUUCACAUAAAAAUCAACCAAAAUCCAGCGAAUUUCGCUGGAUUUUGGUUGAUUUUUAUGUGAAUGUUCUUAAAGGAAAUAUCAGGAGUUUUACUGAUAUAUAUGUGAUCACUUUAGAUAUUUUUAGAUUUUUUUGGAAGAUUCUUUUUGACAGUAUUGACAAGAAUUUUCCUGACAAAUUUGGGGAUUUUUUUUAUUGAAUUUUUGGAUUUUUUUCAGACAAGGAAACUAUACUUUUUGGUGCCCACAAAUGAGGACAACAGGAUUACUAAAAACUAAUUCAUGUCUCACUUAAAAUACCUCCACAGUUAAGCAUGAAUACUUAAUUCUGUCGGCUAAGAAACAAAAACAAGGAAUUUGUUUGCUCUCUUUUGCUGCUUCUUUGAGCUCAGGAAGUUAUUUUGGACGUUAAAAAAAGAGGAAGCUGUUCCCGAUUACUGUGUAAUGGUCUUGAAAAUAUGGCAGACAAUCAUUUUAGACACGGAAAUCAUGUUGAGGAGGUGUAGAGCAUCAAAAACACAAUAGACUCGGAGGAUCUUUUCCAUUAAAGAUUGAGCAGAUUUUUCUUUUUCAAUCACCCACUGGGUUGUGGCACGUGGAGCCAAUCAGGAACCAUGUUUGAAAAAUCACUUUUUUUACUUAACAUUUUUCCUUGACUUUCAUGAAUUCAAGGAAAGGCGUGAAGGAGAAUCUGUGGGGACAAAACCAGCCACUUCCAGAGGUCGUCGUGCAGCGGUGGCUGUUAACACGCCUCUGCUGUGAAUGGAGCUUUGUUUUCAAAUGCUGCUGCCCCAAGGAAUUGUUGGACAGCAUCGUUUCCUUUUGUGAAGGACGGACCGGUGUAUUCUACAGUGAAGGAAGCACUGGAACACCUUUAUUUGCAUUUAGAAUCUUCCACCAGUUCUCAUCACGGCUGCUACUUUGCUGCAUCCAUUUCAUUUAGUCAGUUAAUAACCGUCCCAAUCAAACAACCUCAACUCAGGUUUGUAUUGACUUUAAUGAAAAAGAUCCUCCUCGGCGUUAGCUAACCUGCUUGAUGCAGUUUUUUCCUUAAAUCGCCGGCAUUUCAUUCUCAGCAUACUUCAUGUAACAAAUCUUUUUGCUUGCUGGAAUUUAAUUUCCAGGUUUUGUCUCCAAUACAGGGUAGGACACUUGUAGGGUUUACAGAAAUUAAUGUCUAGAAUUAUUGGACAUCCCAUAAUAAGUGUACGUUUGUCUGCAAAGUUAGAAUUAUUUACACUAAUGUGUGCAGAUGGACUAAAUAAAAUGACCACCUGUUGCAUCUUCCGAGUGCAAACCCUGCCAGCAAUGAGCCAAAAGCAGACUGAGACUGGUGCUCACCUUAAAGGAGAUUAUUCUGUCUGUCAGUAAAUGUACAGUUACCUUUACAUACAUAUUAUGCAAACAGUUUGUCUGCACUGUACAGUUUGUGUCCAAUCCAUUGUAUACACAGAAAAUAAUGAUAUUGAAUAAAGGAUUUAUAGAAAGGAA